UGUUAGAUAGUAAUAUAGAUGACAUUAAGCAAGAUGAAUGGCUUGUUCAAGAACUUUCUUCUUCAGAAACAAAAAAUGCUGAAUUUAGGAUUGUAGUCGUGCACAUUCCACCUUUUGUCGAAUUUUGGGAACCUGGAGCGUGGCAUGACAAAAAUGAAAAACACUGGGGAGAAUUCGUACGUACGAGAUUUGUACCUUUAUUUCGCACACACGGAGUAGAUUUGGUAAUAAGUGGACACCAGCAUAAUUAUCAACGUGGACAAUUAGAUGGAAUAGUGUAUGCAAUUAUUGGUGGGUCUGGGGGUGAAUUGGAUCUUGAAAAUGUAGAGGAUUGGAAAAUGUAUGUGACUACGAAAAAAACAUAUCACUAUGUUCUGAUGGAGAUAUGGUCUGAUAAGAUCAUUUGGGUCGUAUAUGACCUUAAGGGUUUCGUGAUCGAUAAAUUUGAAUUGGGCAAUGGUGUUAUUUUUUCAUCAUUUUCAUAA